UUCUCACCUUGGCCGAUGAGGUGGCAUUUUUGACGCAGUCACAGUGGAAAUCAGGCGAAGCUGCUUUAUAUUGUCUGCCGAUAUCUUACCUGCGGUUACUUGACAUUGGAAAUGCUCGUGGCAUUCCAACCCAUGAUGUCAAUUCACAUGUGUCAAGUGAUAUACUCCAUAAACACCUAUUUGGGAGGUUUCAUUGUAGUGUGUGCCGAAGGUGUCUUCUUUCUCCGUGUCUGUGCAAUAUGGGGAUUUAGGAGGAGGAUGGUGGUUCUGUUCUCGAUCAGUGGGCUGAUGUACGUUAUUGCUGCCACCGUGGUGCUCUCGAUCAUCCGAUCCCCCCCUACAGCUACUAAGUCACCCAUCCCUGUCACGAGUUGUCUUGAAACUGGCAGUAACAAAAGUAUCAUAAUCCUCUACGUGAUUCUAAUUGUGGCAGAGAUCCAAAUAUGGGUGUUCGCACUGUACAAGUUCGCUGCGAGCUACAGGCGUAGGGGUGGUCGUAAUCACCUGUUGGAACAGCUGAUCCAUCACAAUAUGAUUUACCUAACCUGCGGACUUGUCUUCUCCAUCAGUGUCAUAUUGACGACAGCCCGUCUCAACGUAUCUUACGGCUUCAUGAUUGUGAGGUUUUUACGCAACUGGCAAGUCACUGUUCAUGCCUUUCUUGUGACAAAGAUGUAUCGUGGACUCUGGAGAGCAGAUCAGCGACGUGCUUUGCUAGAAUCUGUUUCCUUCUCGCUUGCAACUUUCCAUGCUGCACCUGGAGUAUCAACUCAGGCGUGAAGUUCUGGCUUUCACCCCUUUUUUCUCUCCGUGUUGAGCAAACGGAUUAUGUACUCUUUAUUCAUCGCCGACUACGUUUUGGUAUAAAAUUAUUUACUGUGUGUGUACAAGUAAGGACAGUUCUGGAAACGGCUCAUACCUGAGGCUUGAACCUAGCGACCUCCAGGUACCCU